AUGGAAGUGAAUAACGGGCCGGAGGUGUUUUCGAGAUUGGCCCGUGAAGAGGACGACGAAGAGGCUCUCAAGUGGGCCACGCUCGAGAAGCUUCCCACUUUUGACCGUCUUAGGAAGGGCCUUUUGUUCAAUUUGAGAAGGGCUGCCAACGAGGUCGACGUCCAAAAUCUCGAAAUUCAAGAGAGGGAAAUAUCAAGCAAUAUUCUUCAUAUGCUUCCAAGCAAGAAGAAGCCAUUGACAAUCUUAAACAGUGUUAGUGGAAUCAUAAAGCCUGGGCGCAUGACCCUUCUACUAGGCCCUCCAAGUUCUGGAAAGACCACAAUUUUGUUGGCUAUGGCUGGGCUGCUUGAUCCUCAAUUGAAGGCAGCUGCCAUAGAAGGUCAAGAAGGUAGCAUUGUGAUUGAUUAUGUUCUCAAGAUAUUGGGAUUGGACGUUUGUGCUGAUACCGUUGUAGGAGAUGAAAAGAUUAGGGGCAUCUCUGGUGGGCAACGAAAGCGUGUAACCACUGGUGAGAUGCUCGUGGGACCUUCAAAAGUGCUUUUCAUGGACGAGAUAUCAACUGGGCUGGACAGCUCAACUACCUUCCAUGUCGUGAACUCGAUCAGACAGUUUGCCCACAUCAUGAAAGGGACUGUUCUGAUUUCACUCCUGCAGCCGGAGCCUGAGACGUACGAUCUGUUUGACGAUAUAAUUCUUAUAUCUGAAGGGCAGAUUGUUUAUGCGGGCCCACGCGAGUUUGUGCUCGAGUUCUUCCAGUCCAUGGGUUUCAAAUGUCCUGAGAGAAAAGGGAUUGCUGACUUCUUGCAAGAAGUAACAUCCAAGAAAGACCAGCAGCAAUAUUUUGCAGACGAGGAUAGGCAUUACAGGUUUAUUACGGUUAAGGAAUUUUCCGAGGCAUUCACGUUGUUUCAUGUGGGCCAGGGACUGACGGCCGAGAUAGCAAUCCCGUUUGACAAGAAUAAAAGCCAUCCGGCUGCUUUAACAACAAAAGAAUAUGGUGUCAGCAAAAAGGAGCUCAUGAAAGCUUCAAUGACACUUUUCCUUCGAGUUGAGAUGCACCACCGCAGCCUAUCUGAUGGAAGAGUAUUUGCCGGCGCCUUAAUUUACGCUGUUACCACUGUCCUUUUUAAUGGCAUGGCUGAGAUAGCAUUGACCAUUCAGAAGCUUCCAGUCUUCUACAAGCAAAGGAAUUUGUUCUUUUACCCCGGGUGGACUUAUGCUCUUCCCCUUUGGAUAACGAAAAUACCGUUCAGCAUUGUUGAAGUGGGCGCCUUCACGAUACUCACUUACUAUGGCAUUGGAUUUGAUCCCAAUUUCGGAAGAUUUAUCAAGUAUUUCUUGCUGCUCUUAUUUGAAAUUCAAGCGGCAUCCUCAGUGUUCCGGUUGAUUGGUGCAGUGGGUAGGAACAUGGUAAUAGCCAACACAUUCGGGUUCUUUGUUUUGCUUCUAGGUUUUGCACUAAGCGGUUUUGUCAUUUCGAGAGAUAGUAUAAAGACGUGGUGGAUAUGGGGCUACUAUAUCUCCCCCAUGAUGUACGCGCAGAAUGCAAUUUUGGUGAAUGAAUUCAGAAGUCACAGCUGGAGACACGUAUCACCAAGCUCGGAUAUAACUCUUGGAGAGGAGGUUUUGAAAUCUUUCGGAUAUUUUACGAGCGCAGACUGGUACUGGAUUGGAAUAGGAGCAUUAUUAGGCAUGAUAAUUAUAUUCAACGUCUUGUCUGUUAUCGCUCUAACUUAUCUCAACUCUCUAGGAAAACCUCAAGCCGUACUGCCAGAAAAUGAGAAUGAGGCCUUAACUGCACAAAAUGGGAGAGCAGAUCGAAAGAAGAGGCAAGUUGUUCUUCCUUUCGAACCACAUUCCAUAGUGUUUGACGAGAUCAAGUACUCUGUUGACAUGCGACAGGAAAUGAUACACCAAGGAGCUACCGAGGACCGAUUAACACUCCUGAAGGGUGUGAGUGGUGUUUUCAGGCCAGGGGUACUAACUGCUCUUAUGGGAGUCAGUGGGGCUGGCAAAACCACACUCAUGGAUGUGUUGGCUGGUCGGAAAACGAGCGGAUAUAUCGAAGGAACUAUCAAGGUCUCUGGCUAUCCGAAAAGGCAGGAGACAUUUGCUCGUAUAUCUGGAUACUGUGAACAGAAUGAUAUUCAUUCGCCUUGUAUUACGAUUUACGAGGCAUUGCUUUUCUCGGCUUGGCUACGUUUGCCGUCUGAAGUGGAUGCUGAAACCAGAAAGGCAUUUGUAGAGAAUGUGAUGGAACUCGUAGAACUCUCUCCACUAAGAGGAGGCCUAGUCGGUUUACCAGGGGUAAAUGGUCUCUCUACCGAGCAGAGGAAGAGGCUUACAAUAGCAGUCGAGCUCGUUGCAAACCCAUCCAUAAUUUUUAUGGACGAGCCAACUUCGGGCCUUGAUGCACGGGCUGCUGCAAUCGUGAUGAGAACAGUUAGGAACACAGUCGACACAGGAAGAACACUGUUUUUGAUGAAGAGAGGGGGGGAAGCGAUAUAUGUAGGGCCAGUUGGCAGACAUUCGUGCAAUUUGAUUGAGUACUUUGAGGUGAGCUUUUCUGUCACGAGGUUUGAUAUUGGUAUAAAAGGAGUUAAAAAGAUCAGGGAUGGCUAUAACCCAGCAACCUGGAUGCUCGAGGUUACAUCCUCAGCUCAAGAAACGAUCUUAGGUGUUGACUUUGCUGAAUUUUACAAACAUUCAGAACUUUGCAGGAGAAAUAAAGCGCUCAUAAGUGAGCUAAGCACACCUCCUCCUGGCUCAAAGGACCUCCACUUAGAAACUCAGUAUUCUCAGUCUUUUUUCACUCAGUGCAUUGCAUGCUUAUGGAAACAACACUGGUCAUAUUGGCGGAAUCCUCUUUAUUCUGCUGUACGAAUUUUGUAUACAGUGUUUUUGGCCCUCAUGUUUGGGUCCAUGUUCUGGGAUCUUGGCAAGAAAUUGGAUAAUCAGCAAGAUAUCUUUAAUGCAAUGGGCUCCAUGUAUGCCUCUGUUCUCUUUCUGGGUAUGCAGAUUGCCUCAUCUGUACAGCCUGUGGUGUCUGUUGAACGAGCUGUUUUUUACCGAGAAAGGGCCGCGGGCUUGUACUCUGCCUUACCAUUUGCAUUCGGACAGGCUUUGAUCGAGGUCCCUUACGCUUUUGCUCAGGCCAUAAUAUAUGGGACCAUUGUGUACAUAACGAUUGGUUUCGAGUGGACGGCUGCCAAAUACUUUUGGUACAUAUUUUUCAUGUUCUUUUCGCUGCUCUACUUCAUCUUCUACGGCAUGAUAGCCGUGGCUAUCACCCCAAAUCACCACAUUGCCAACAUCAUAUCCUACUCGUUUUAUGCCUUAUGGAACCUUUUCUCGGGAUUUGUGAUACCAAUGCCGAGGACACCUGUGUGGUGGAGAUGGUUCCAUUGGGUGAAUCCCCUGGCAUGGACACUUUAUGGCUUGGUUGCAUCACAGUUUGGAGAUGUUAAAGAGGAGUUAGACUCGAAGCAAACUGUUGAGGAAUUUGUGAGGAGUUACUUUGGGUUCAGACACGAUUUUAUUGGUGUGGUUGCUGUUGUUAUUACCGGAUUUGGAGUUGUUUUCGGCUUGGGUUUCGCAUUUGCAGUAAGAUCAUUCAAUUUCCAAAAGCGAUAGAUAUGUUUUUCUCUAGCUUCUUUUUCUGUGUGUUUUGUAAAGAGUUAUAUGAAACUUUAUUCCGUACCAGUAAAAUAGAUGUUUGUGCUUUUAGGAUGUAUGUACUCAGUGACGUUAUAAAGAGAAAAUGCAUGGAAUUCCGGAAGAAAACGAUAUUUGAUCCUUAACAGAAAUGAAAUAAAAGCUGAGCAAGAAAAUUGUGUACAUAAAAUAUUAAUUAA